UAUGUACUCAACCCUUAUCAAUGCAAUAUCCAUCUUUUUAAUUCUCAUGUGUCGUAUUAUAUUAUAUAUAUAUUAUUAUUUUUUUUUUACUUUUUCCAAGUACUUUGUCUCGUCUUACUACACCUUCUCUCAACCCAGCUUGCGAGCUGGUCGAAGACGAGCAACAAUAUUUAGCAGCUUCAUAACUGAUAAUCAGAAAUUUUUCAACCCGCUUUCUCUCAACCCAGCUUGCGUACUG